AUGGACACGCGGGAAGCGGAGCAGGUGCUUGCUGCUCUACAGGCACUGCUGGCAGAGAAGGAGCAACUUCAUCAACAGCUGGUGGAUGAGCAGGCUGAUGCUGAACGCAGACUGCACGCACUGAGAGAGAUGGGCGUGGCAGGGCGCAGCGUAGGUAUGCAGCCUUGA